AUUGGACAUCCUCGGCAGUUGUCGUCUGGUAACGGCGACGGCGUUGUGGGCGUGUGUGUACGAGUGCUAGCGCUGGCGCGUAGCACUCCUGAGUGGUGUUGAUUUCUACUCCCGCAAUUUCCCCAUACCUCGCGUAGAAUUUAUCAGCGAAAAUUUCAUCAGUCUACAUUGCUUGUGCUCACAACAACUCCUGUGUGUGCCAAAGGGACGUGAGAACUCCUGCAUUUACCCUUACUUGUGCAAUGAUCGAGGCUCAAGCGGCUCAAGGUUGACUGCAUCAAGCAUCAGACAACAUCGAAGAAGUGCAGAGAAGCUCGCCGAAGUGCCAAACGAUGCACAAGUGAGCAACCGUCCGUGUCGUCCUCCCGGCGGGCGGGAGACAUCCGGGCCACGACGACGUCGUCGACGCGUGACCUCGUGGUCAGCAUGUGGGCGCAGGUGCAGCUCUCCAGCGCGGCCGCCACCGACGGCGGCGACGCUGCCAACGGCUCGGCGCCUGACGCCAAGGAGUCACCCGCGCCAAGCUCGCGUUCCAAGCACGCCAUGUGCAUCUCGCAAGACGGCUGCUUCUACCUGCUAGCCGGUCGCUCGGCAAACCUGCCACUCAAGGACCUCUGGAGGUUCGACCCCGUGCAAAGCCGUUGGGAGGAGGUUCGUUGCCGUGGAUGCCGACCGCCCUGCCUGCAGGAACACACCGUCGUCUCCUGGAAGGGCAAGUUGUACGUGUUCGGCGGCGAAGUUGGCUUCGCGUCGACGGGCGAGACACCGCUGUGGAUAUUCGAUACAGGUAGCUGCACGUGGCGCAAGCACCCGGGGGGCGGCGAGCGCCAGCGCCCCACUGGCCGCCGGGGCCACACGAGCGUGGUGUACAACGGCGCCAUGCACGUGUUCGGCGGAUACCAGGACCUGCGAGGAUCUUCCUCCCAGUUGUGGGCCUUUCGAUUCGACACUGAGCAGUGGGAGCUGACGUGUGGUGAAGGAGGCAACGGUGCCGGCGACCACCCCCCUGCGAGGCACAACCAUUCGUGCGUGGUGCACCAGGGCGCCAUGUGGGUCUACGGAGGACUCACGGACCUGCAGGAACGGGCCGACUUCUGGACCUACCACUUCGACACCGGUCGCUGGAGCCGAAUACGGCAGCCCAAGGGCGGCCCCGCCGAACUGCACGGGCACGCAGCGGUGCAGGCCCAGGGCUUCAUGUACCUCUUCGGUGGAGAGCGGGCGGGCGCUGCCAACAACGACCUCUGGAGGUUCCACUUUGCGAACGAGACGUGGGAGAAGGUGGCGGUGGAGGGCGUCGUGCCGACGCCCCGGUGCCGUCACGUGGCCCUCGUCAACCCGGGACUGGCCACGUGGGCCGACCGCGUGUCCGCCGCCAAGGAGGACGAGGAAGGCGGCACGGCGCUGCACCAGCACCGGCCGCGCCACGGCCGGGCCGCCUCGCUGCGCUUCAAGGUGCACCCGGUGUCCCGACUAUGCAGCAAGAGCACGGGCUCCCAGGACGACGACGAGGACGAUGACGCCGGCUGCGCGUACGGCGGCUGCGGCGCCCAGGUCAACCUCAGGUCCCUGAAGGAGAAACUAUCCAGCAGCCGGCUGGUGCGCAGCAUCUCCAGCGGCAGCUACUCCGUGGGCAGCGGCUUGCGCCGAGACGAGACCGAGAAGCUGCUUGAAGGAGUGGACCCGGCGUCCGGCGUGCCCACGCCGCAGGCCAUCCAGAAGUCCGCGAGCACCGACGCCGUGCUCGAGGCGUCCGACAGCAGCGGGGAGUCCACGCCCCAGCACCAGCGCAAGCGGCAGCUGAGCGUGCGCGUGCGGCCCCUGUCGGAGAUACUGCCGCGCAACAGGGACUGCUCGGUGCCCGUGCCUCCGGGAAUGCUGAGCCCGCCGCCGCAGGGUGGCAGAUCCCGGCGCAUCACCAGUUCGCAGAGCUUGAACACCUUCAACGUCUCUUCCUCGGCGGUCGCGGCUGCCCCCGCGCGGUCCGGGGCCAGUUGCUGCUGCACGCCCACCGCAACCACCGGAGGGAGCAGCGACCAACAGCACACGCCCUGCGAGAACGCCACCGACCCCCGCGCGGACUUGCUCAUCGACCUCGACCAGAGCAACGUCAGGUACCGCGUGGGUGGGCCCCGACGCUCUACCAGCAGCUACACGUGGUUCUCGGACGCCAGCAGCUCCGGGGCUCCGGCCAGCUCGCCCCUGCAGCUGUCGCACAGCGCGUCCCACUGCUCGGGCUACUACUCGUUCGCCGAGGACGACCCCGAGUUACAGCGCGACAUUAUGAACUUCCUCACGGGUCACGGACCGAGAUCGCGGCCCUCGUCGCUCAACGCCGCCACGGCCGCCGCCAUCGAGCUGAGCACGUUCAGCGCAGCCGCCCAGCCAGGAAUACAGGUGGUGAAGGAGCGCGCGCGCUCCUGGGACCGCGUGUCGCAGCGCACGCCCACCGUGUGCAGCCAGGCGGCCGUGGUGGUGUCCAAGCGGACACCCAUCCAGGCCAUCAAGGAGGAGAGCUGCCAAAGCACGCCCGUGCGCCUGCGCAGCGCCGGCCGAGCGGCGCACGGCAGCCCGCCCGGCGGGCGCACCGAGCUGCACCAGUGGCGCCUCUGCUUCUACGUGUUCGGAGGGCGCGAGCAGGGCGCCCCGGGACUCUACCGGCAGCCCAUCUCCAUCUGGAAGCUAUACGUCUGAGAAACCCACACUACCACCGCCGGAUUACGUGCUGCACCACUCGUCGUGUGCGCGUCUCAACGUCCGUCGGUCACUGGGAAGCAACCGGGCCAUCUUGCCCGUAACAAUUAGGGGACCCAACGUCUGCAGUGGACUUGGCCUCGCUGACCUAGAAGAAAAUGCCGAGAAAAGAGCUGCUGCCUCUCGCACUCCGAUAACUGUCGCAGUGGGGGCAUAAAAAUGGACAUGUUCUCCCUAUUAUGAUAUUGAAAGUGAAGUAAUUUUGCGCUGAUAUGGUUUCGCGGCGCCCUGGUGAGCAUUUUGCCUCCUGGCACUCUUUGGUGGGUGGGUGUGUGUGUGUACGCCUCUUGUUGACCUCACAGCCCUUGCAGCGCAUUUACCUGUGGGAACAACGAACGCAGCACGUUCAGGUCUGGAGAAACGUUACCUGUCCUUAGCUGCGGCGUCGAAUGAGUGUCCGGGUUUUGCGACUUUUGGUCAAUGGUAUGAGCGCUUCUGUGCUCCCUAGCGUGUUGCUUUUUUGGUAUGUCGUUCACCUCGGGAGGGACAGCGCAGUUUCCCGCGCGAGUGUCCAGGAGCCGGCCUGACUCGAAUACGACCAUUCAUGAAGUAUCUAAAUAUAGCUUUAGUGCUAUGGGAAUAAGGUAAUCCGAGGGGCUCGAUUUUAAUUAGGUCUAGGACAUAGGAGAGCUAAAUAGCAAAACUUUGCCAUCCACUGGCAAAAAAAGAAAGAAGAAACCCAACAUUUUCAGAUUUUACAACGUGUGCAGUGGUUUUCUCUCUUUCAUGUUUUUACUCAAGUAUCUUGCUUGGAAAAUUUCAAUUUUGCUAUUCAUUCAGGGCAGGUAUUUGGGUACUAGGAAUGUGUGUGAAGCUAUCUGAACGUGUAAGCACUUGCCAGACACUUUGCUUGCCUACUUGUCUCCGUCGAUUCAACUGUUUGCUGAUAGUGACAACCUGCUGAUGCUUCGGCAGUGAAAUUUAUUUUUCCCCUUUAUGCAUGAAAUGUCCAUUUAACGUCAUGAACGCACAAGAGGCGUGACGUAGCUGCUCGACUUUGUCUUCCAAUUCUCUCCUAAGAUUGUCUUCCUCCUUAUUUCUGUUCCUCUUUUAUUCUAACCACAAAUUCUAUCUUUCCCCACACACGCAAUUGACUCACGCUUGAAGUUCACUGUCAUUUCCGAUACCACAGAUGGUUUUGUCAGAAGCUUCUGGGGAGCUACCAUAAUCCUGUCUCGGCCGUCCGUAUAAAUUCAUUGUAGUUGUACCCUCGAGAGGAAUCAAUCGCAGCACAGCAACUUUUGAAAAACAGCCAAGCAAACAGCUGCACCAUAAUUUGGCGAUUCAAUGUUCAGCUUUAUGAUGAGAGUGAUCAUAGACACGGGCUGUGCAAUACUCUUUGCUUGAAUACUCUCUCCAUCACCUUUCGGAAGUAAAUUCUUUUGGUGAUUUGGCUUGCUAGUAUUAAGGUUUCCUCUGCAUGCACUGCAUAAUCAAUGGGACGAUCUCAAUCAUACAUGAAAAUGUCCAAGGCAGGCUCUACUUGUGAUCUUGUCCUGAAAUGAUAGCAGAUCAUGAUUCUAGAUAUAUUGAUCUCAGUUUGUUUCAAUUAACGUCUGUUCUCGCUUCUUUGUUUUGGUUGUGGUAUUUUUGGCAUAACCGACUGGUUUAAAAUGGUGAAGUGUUGAACCUCAAAGUUGAGCCAUCAAGACUGAGAAUAUGUUGGAUCUGUCUUGAGGCUUUCACAUAAUGUGCAAUAUGGGACAUUGGGUACAACGAACUCAAACACACCUUCGCUGAAACGGAGUGAAGUUGUACCAUGGUUUAGUCUGCAAUGCCAGAUGCCAUUGAGUACAAUAUUAUGUUCUUACUCAAAGCAUUGACAUUACGCUGAGCUGUGUUUUAGCUUGCCAGAGAACGGGCACUGACAUCUCCUUGUUUGUGCAUGUCCACCAUCUCGCGUCUGCAGCUUGCUGAACGGUAGAUUCAACUAUGGCCUCCAGUUGCUGUGCUACCAGUUGCAGAGCAAAUGUCUCGAAUGCCUUAUCAAGACUGGCCCGCCAUCUGGCAUUGCGGAUUACCACACUUUUGCAUUUCUCACUUGGUUUAUUUUCUUAUAUAUGUAUAUAUAAAUUCUUGUACCUGGUUGUUUUAUUCUAAUGGGCUCGAAGCAGAGGUCACAGUGUCCAAGAGUAUUUAUGUGAAGUGCGGAGUUUGGCACUUCUCUCAGCCUCUGGUGUUUAAACAAGGAAUUGUAUUUUUAUUAUGCGCUCAUAGAUAAGUGCUAUGAAUAAUAAUGUAUAUACACAUUCAUGUAUACACAGGCAAGAAAUAUUCAUAUUUUUAAUGACUUUAUCGUUUUUCUCGUACAGCAAAAGGUGAAAAUUAGCUGAAGGCAGCAGUGUGUAUCUUUUAUGGGUCCUUUAUUUAUUUUUUUCCAUGUACAUGCAUCUGAACUGAAGCCAGGAGUGCAGAAUGAAAGCAUGGAAGAGGUAACUGUCUCAAAUCAUUAUUAAUAUUUGGAGGCUGCCCUUAUCAUUUGGUGACUUAAAACAGGGUUAUUUAUAUUGGAUACUCACUGCCCUCCAAAACAUUAUGUACUCUGUCAACCCAAUUUAACAUGAACAGCUUGUCCUAGUAUAAUUUAGAGAUCUGUACAAAUUCGAAGCUUCAUCCCAACCAUGUCCUGCUGAAUCCCCUUGCCCAACCAUGAAUUCAUUUUUAGUCUGCAAAGAUGUACAGAACAGUCACACUGCAGGGAAUGUAAGUGCAUGACUGAGGACUAGAAUUGUCGUCAAAAUAUAUUUUCUGCACUCUGUGAUGCUAAGAUGUUCGUAAAGUUUCUGGUGUAACAAGCGGCUACGUUUUUUUUCUUUUUUGGCAGGGUUAAUACGCACAUAAUUUCCUUGAAGGUGUGUGAGAUUUGGUCAGCAAUGCUGAGACUGUGGUGAGGAAUCGUGGAGAGCAGCGUUUGCAACUUCUUGAUCUAAGCUCGUGCACAUUGCCCUGUGUGGGUACUUUGAAUGGUGACCACUUGCAUGCACCAUAGAGUGUUCUCUCGGAUUGGUUCAACUGGUGUGGCAUGGAUUCUACCAGGACGAUGGUGUGAAAUUUUUCAAGAAUUCUCAACAGGCUUUUCAAUUCUGUAACAAAUUGAACGCACCAAGCAAGGCAUUGAAUGUGACCAUGAAAACACAGCAUCCUGAAGUUAGUAGUACUCAGGUUCUCACAGAAAAAUAUUCAUGUGGUGAACUCUCGCUCAUAUUACCUCUUUCGAUGGACAUUGUUGUUUAUUUUGUAUGUGCUUUUGUUUUUCGUUGUUUUUAACCUCGUGUGCCAGUGUUCUACAAUGCACAAGAGCUACAGCGAAAAUCAUGUGCCAAUGGGACUCUAAAUGUAGCUUUCUUGCAAGCAACGACAUCUGAAGAGUGGGAUACUGUUCCGGUGGAUCACACGAACCUUUGACCACCGAGGUGCUUCAGAAGACCUGGUUGCUAGUGGCAUGGAGGACUGACAUUCUAUCAAAAAUCGCAGUGGGGAACUGUGGCGUGGUUUACAAUCGGAAGCCAUGCAGCGCUAAUUGCCACUGCGGCAAACGAAGCAUACAGUAUAUGGGACAAGAGCAGAGGUUGCCUGACGCUGUUGCACUGCCACCAAAUAGUGUGUUAUCCUGUACCGGCUCCUUGUGUGUGUACGGCACUGAAUGCCUGUGUGAACUGCUGUGUGUGCUCGCUUUUAUUGACUGACAUUGUGUGGGUCAAGGCUGUGGCAGCAGGGAAUGGUCAUUCCUGUAUUUCUUUACACUCCUCAACACGAAAUUUGUGCUGCGCGCUUUGUCGGCACGCAACGCACAGAUAGCGUGCAGCACUAUGCCAAAAGUGAUUUUCUUCCAGUAAACAAACGUUAAACUGCGCUCAAUAUUAUUCGGUUUCGCUCAUGCAAGCUUCAUCGUACAACUCAGUAACUACGUCCGGUCCACGUGACACAGCCAUACGCUUAAGCAUACAAGUUUUCGUCCUCAUUACGUUUCAUGGAAAGCUUGUCUAACAAGCUCGUCCAGCAGCACGUCCAACAAAGCUUGAACGAGCUGCCCUCGCAGCUGUGUCUAAGAGGUCCUAGACAGGCUUGCAUACUUCGAAUUUCCCUCCCGCGCAUGCGCUCUUGUGCAUGUUCCUUUCUACGAACAACGCGAGACGAAAACGGAAAAGCAGACGACACGAGCAAUUCUUUUUUCGUGCUGUUGCAACACCACCACCUAGAUAGCACAAGGCACUAGAUCCAUGACGCCAUGCUAACUGGCCCGACUACCAUAGAAUCUAAUGGGGAUGCUCCCGAGUAAGCAGCGGUGAUUUCGACGUCGCCGCUUUCGUCACGCCGGGUUUGUCAAUGUAAAUUUAGGGCCAGGUAGCAGGACGUCAUGGAUCGGAGUGAACAGGCCUCGUGCUACGUAGGUGGUGUUGGCUGUUGACAUAUCCCACGUGCAAGCGCCUGGACGCCCGACGACGUCAUCGUGGCUGUGACAUCGUAGCGGCUUAACGUUGGUCGCAACUAACACCGCGAGACCUGCCGCGCGGAACUGUUGUGAUCGAGGCUGUGUGAGGACGAGGAGGAAAAUUUUUUACUGCUUCACAAGCCUGCAUCUCGUCCAGAUACUGUUUAUGGGUGGUACAAAUCUGUCUAGGGCCUUUUGAACACCAACAUGAAAUGUAGCUCAUCGCGAUGCUCAUAAGACACCGCAAAGAUUAAAGUGCGCCGCGUCGGAAUUCGUACGGAACACCAUUUCUUUCUUCCAACCGUCCUGGAUGGGUUGCUACUGCAGCAGCCGUGAUGGAAAUCGCCCGCCGUUGUAAUUGUCUCAACAAGGGCGAUAAAUUCGAGGUUACUUUAGUAUUAUGCAUUAAGUUAUAUUCGUAGCCGGAUACGUUUGGUUAAUCCGCCCGCUCACUGCCGUGCGCGGCAUUUCGCCUGCGUGUUGAAAUAGCGUUUACAACCGGUUGUUCUUCUUCCGGUUCUUCGUAACCUGCCUUAGUCUUGACUCGUGUUGUUGUUUUGGUUUUUUAGAGAACGUUUCAAAUUUUCGAAUAAUGGAGAGCGUAGAAUGACGUCACUGCCAUGAUUGACAAGCUUUACGCGAACCGAGCAUCAGGCCUAGCCGCCUAGGUGCGCCACUUCCCUCAUUUGAAUCGGCCGAUUCAUGAUUUCGCUUGAAAAACUACGAGUGGGGUAAAUUGUACAACGGACAGGCUAACCUGUACAGCUUUACCGUUUUUACCUUCUGUGACUGUGACGCAUGGAAGGUGGGAGGGAAGCGUGCGUGAAAACGGACUCUCUCUUAUUGCAGCAUGCAGCAUGCCGUGUUGCCCGAUGUGUCACUGAAUUUGUAUGCCGCUUGACUGAAGGUAAAGUAACAUUAUCGGGGCACAGGAGCUGUGCGCAUUACUACAGUAUAGGAAGGAAAAUGAAAGCUGAAUUAUUGUCGACAGCUCAGCUGAAUGUUCUUCGCCGUUGCGUUACCCCUUUCACGCACCGCCUUUUAUUAUUUUCUUUUUUAUUCGCGUUUUUUUUUUUUUCUACACAUGCGUCAUUCCUGUGACUGUUGUCUGUAGUGCGCCUACGUUCUCCCGUUACGCGCCUCAAGUGACUUUGUUGUCCGGGCAUAGUGCAAUUUCGUUCACAUCCGUUCCGCAGCGUAACAACGGAUAAAAAUAAAGUUCAGCGUAUACUGCUGCAUGCUGCCAUGCGCACGUCAUCGCCAUCGCCAUAGAUAGAUGUUUUGCGCAGAAGAAAGGGCAGAGGAGAGAGGUCAGCCUAGGUCGUGAGUUCCAAACCCGCUUCUACCGGUUGCCCACUGCUAUAGGAUUCGAUACCAGUAUCAUCUGGCCAGAGCUAGCUGUGUUCCCUCCCCAAAAAUACGUCUUACGAUAAAGUUGUUCUUAAGAGCAAGUUGCAGCCAAUCAUGGCGAUGAGCAUAUUAUUAUAGCGAUGGCCGCCGGCGAAUGGCAAAGAGAACUUACGAAUUAAAAGCAUUGUGAGCCAGGUUCUCUGCUUUCUUUGUUGGCGGCACUUAGGUGGAAGUGAAAUUUUUUUUUUCGACACUUCAAGUUUCUUUUGGAAACACUGCGAGCAUAAACAAGCAUAACUGUCGAAACAACUUAAAGAACAAACAGCCAAACCCUGCUUUCUUGACGUUGUAUGUCAAAGGGCGAGUCGGUGUCUGACCAAAAGUAUAUCUUGAAGCUAUACUAAGAAGACCCAGCGGAUUACUCAGAAAGACAGCUAUGCAGUUAAGAACUGUGCUGGUAUAGGGAUCGAGCGCGGUACCACCACAAUUCCGGCGCAUUCGCUUUGUGCCAACAGAAAUAAUCAGGAUGCUAGCCGUUGGCGUGGGAGGGCAAACUAACCGAUAGCUGGAAGCGCUCGAUUAACUCCUAAAACUGCAAAGAUUUCUUUCGAGUGGCCAGUUAGUUAGCCAGAAGUGUAUAUCAAUGUUUGCGUUCAUUAAUCUUCCUCUAUCUCGCAGAUCACUGAGGAAUCUCUGGAGAUUGUUUGCGCCCACAAAGUUGUUUUGCCGGGAAUUCAAAGUUGUGCAUGAUCUUUCCUCGAGUCGUUAAGCGAUAAACCACUCGAACCACAAGAACAGCUAAUGAAAGUCUAGACCGUUACCGAAACAUUGCAACGUCUAAACCAAUUAACUCUCAGAUUAUAUGUUAUCUAGAUGCAUACUUCUAGACAACGUCCUGUGGCUUGCUAACCGUCCACGCGGUCAGUUUUCUAUAAUUUUCCAUAAUUAAAGUCGCCUAUCGCGCCUUUUGCAGUCAUUUCAAGAAGCAUUUCUGCAGGUUUUGUGUUUCGUGGAAAGCCGAGCUAUGCGAGCCGCUUGUAUCCAUUUCUACCCGUUGACGCUGAUAGCGGAGUUUUGAGCCGACGAACACCCACAACCGAGGCAGCUCUCGUUCAAGUACAAGAGACUCUGCGACGAUGCUUACAUGAUAGGCGCCGUGCCGAGAAAGCCUUCAAGCAUGCCGACGAGCCGUUUGUCUCGUGUUGCUUUCGCGAUCUUGCACGACAUACAGGAUUACGCGAAUGCCCGAACGCGCCGAGCACGUGGCUAAGUGUCCGCCCAGUUGCUCUUGCAUUCCCGGCGUGAUGAUUCACAGUAUUCUGUUUCAUUUUUAUAUUUAUUUAUUUUUUUAAUUCCGUCGCUAUGUGGACCGUGCUUUCCGGUGUGUUAAAGAGACGUCUCGCUAUCCAAACUAUAGACGACGGAAAGACAGUACGAUAUAUGUAUUGCUGCGCUCACUGCCAAGCUGUGACGCUUUCAAGUGGCUCGUUGCAAGCAGUUUGAUCGCUAGUUUGGUCAUUCAAAGUGAUUUUGUAUUCAAAAGAAUAUUGGACACUAUUUGCUUUAUUAAGAAAGACAACAAAAAAUUAAGAAAGGUUAACGCUCAUGUUGGAGUUUAUGUGAAGCAAAGCUUUCGUUAAGUGGUUAAUUAAAUGUCGUACAACUAAACGUGGCGCGUACAACUGUCAUUUUCAUCCUAUGCAACGUGUAAUUUCCUGGCCCCAGAUAUCAAAAACGCGACCAACAGGUUUCUAGUAAGAACAUCUCGUUUAAGUUAUCGUUAAAAGAAAGGAAAGCUACUACACCCUCAAAAAAGUGCAAGUUCUUAUGACUGGUCCAAAUGCAGAUCCUUCAUUAUAAGAACUUAUGCGACAGGUAUACCUAACACCCGCGAACGCAAUGCUAAUUCCCAAGGUCGCGAGAGAAUUGACAAAGUGGCCUUUCCUGAAACGGUGACGUUCAAAGUUUAAUGGCCAAUCUCGGCGCAAGUGGAUUGAAAGACUGAUCGCGUAAUUCAGGCGCAUACCGACCUUUUGCGAAGUAAACAGUAGUAAAUAGGCGUAAUGCCAACGGUACUUGGAGGUACACUGUCCGAGAAAGUGUAUACCUUCAAAAAACGUAGAACGAGCCGGAGCGUUUAGCAGUUCGUACAUGUAGCUGUUUUUCUUUUCUUUUUUUGCAUCAUCGCGCGCAUAUAGGGUGCACAUUCUGAAUGAAGCAGCGCGUGAGUGGCUGGCGUUUUCGUGAUAGGGCGCUUCAUAAUUAACGAGCUCUAGAGUCGCUUACACUUUCGGGUAUCCAGUGCGUUACGAAA